GGUACCCCAAAAUCGACGUCGCUUCGAACCCCCUAAUCCCAUUCACUCAUUCAUUCAUUCAUUCGUUCGUUCGUUAUAUCUCCCCCUCCCCACUCCUCAUCUUCUUCCUCCUCCUCCUUGUUUCGUCGUUUCGUGAGUAGUAGUAGUAGUAGUAGUGGUAGUAUUAGGGCUUCGUCAUUGGUUGAGCCAUGGCGGAUCGCGUCGGCGAGGACGGUGGUGACGACGACGACGAGUUCCUCGCCAACUUCCUCGAAUCCGAGAUCCUCUCCGGCGACCCCGACCCCGCCCCCGCCCCCGCCCCCCACAAGGGUUUCCUCGCCGUCUCGCGUCCUCAUUGGCUCGAUUCGUCUCAGGAGGAGGCCCCAGAUGCGGCGGAGGCGGUGGCGAGGCCGUCGAAGCGGAUCCGCGUAGAGUCGGAGAGCUCCCACGCGCAGCGGAGCAGGGCGCAGAUCGAUAGCGGCUUCUUCAGCAAGAUUCCGCCCGAACUCUUCCACAGCAUCUUCAAAUUCCUCUCUUCCGAGGACCUAAUAUCCUGCUCGCUCGUCUGUCGAUUCAUGAACUUUGCGGCCUCCGACGAGAGCCUCUGGCGUCGCCUGUAUUGCAUGAGGUGGGGUCUCACUUCUGUGAAUGGAACGCUCCGGUCUUGCGCUUGGAAGAAGCUCUACAUACAGCGCGAUCAAGAGGACAUGGUUGAAUUUGUGAGAAACACUCCAUUAGAGUUUAAGGAGUAUUAUAUUCAAAUGCAAGCAGCAAAGAGAAGCCAAGCACCCCUUCCAUCACAGUUGAAUGAUGAUAAAGUAAUCCUUGAUAGAACAGUAGCAGAUCAGGUGUCUAUGUGGAAAAGAAGUAGAGGUUUGACUGAUGAGGCAGUCGGGAGCCAUGUUUGUUCAGGAAACACAUGCUCUUACUCACAGAUUGGAGAUGUUUUCAUUUGUGAGAAGACCGGCCGUGUGCAUGUGUGUGAUGAUACUUGCCGUGAGGUUAUCUUGGACCAGUCUAGCGGACUUCUUGUCUGCACUAUUUCCGGACACUGUUUUGAUCGAUUGCUCUCUCCUGAAGAGGAAUCGGAUUGCUACGAUGCGGAUCCAUUACAAGGAGGUGUGGCGGAUGAAGCAGAACCAUUUAUGGGUUCUGGUCGCUUUGCACGCGCAUAUUUGCUGGGCUACAACUGCGCGGACGAGAAGGAACUGAAAGCAGCUUUAAGGUUUUGCUGAUGCACUCUCUAGUGGUGUGAUCAUCCAAUUUUGAUGGGUCUGGGAAAUGAUGGUAACCUGCAUGAAAUAACAACCACCAACUUCACCACUUGAAAUAGGUUGAUCAUUGUUUAACUCCGAUAUAAAUUAAUAGCCAGAGCAUCCAUCAGUAUUGUUAGUUAAAAACCUUUCAUAGUAUUGUAUAGAUUUUCCUCUCUUUUUUUUUUCCCUUGUUGGUUAUUUUAUCUGGAAUGUUGUAAUAUCCUUUUUUUCUUAGAAAGGAUGCAAGUGAUUGUUAAAGGAACUAGUUAUGAUAUUCAUAGUGAUUGCAAAACUGCUCAAGUGAACUCACUUGUGGCCUGCUUUCUACUC